CUCGGUCCAGUUCCUGCAUCUUUUCAAGGUUCUCCUUUGUUCGCGGGCGUGGCCUCCGCUGCCGAGUUUAUUCAUUAUUUAUUUUCUUUCUCGCCUUUUCGACCUAACAUACCUACCUAGGCAUCGCACCUCCUUCAAUGUCCUAAUCAAUCUGAUAAUCGGCCACUAUCUCCCUUGAAUUGCGGCUCUUUUCCUCCGGUCUCGAAUCAUCGCAUUCCAACCUAUCCCGCGCCGCCAUGACACUCCCCGACGCCCAACAUCUUUCUGUCGCAAGUUACGAGCUCCUUCUGGAACCAGCGGCAGCUUCGACCUCAACAACGGUCAGCUGUGAUCGCUUCUCUACGUUUGCCUCUUUCGGCAGGUGAUUUGAAUAUCCAGCUGCGACCUCGACAACAUCACACUAAAGAAUGAAGUCGGCCGUGUCUACCAUCGCCCACUACCUCUACAAACUUGUCUACUACUUCAUCUAUCUCGUCCUUCUCGCUUUUCUCAUUGUCAGUCCUAUCGACUUGAUCCGCCAGGCGAUCAUCACCAAGCAGAACUACAGCAUCCUCAUUGUUGCGCUCUGUUACCUCGUCACUAUUCUCAUCAUUGUCUUUAUCUACGCCACCCGACUGUACUAUAACAAAGCGGUGCUCGACUCGAUACCCAAAUCAUGGGUCCCUGUAGAAAAGGGCGACGUGCCUCGCGAUGUCAGACAGUUGAUUGUCGCCCGUCUCAGCAGGAGUGCCGCCAUUGCGUAUGAAGCGAGACCAAGGUUGCCUUUGCCUCCGACUUCAGCUGCUCCCGGUUCUGGGCCAGCUUCUGUCCCUGCAACAGCAAAUGUGCCGCACCCUACAUCGCAAAGGCAAGAGGUGGAAAGGAAUCAUGAUGAAGGGGAAGAUGAAGAACCACAGCAAGAGCAUAGUGGACGGAUAGCCACGGCAGCGAAGGAAGCCUCGAAAGAAGCCACAGACAGAUUCGCUGGGAGACAAUCUCGCUGGAAACCAAAGGUGCGAAGGGGACUCAGCGCGGGCACCAUUGAGGGCCGGGAAUCCGAACAUGAUUCGACUACCACGCACCCAUCGGGCCAUGACGAGCCGACGUGCAUCAAUAUCGGUGCACUACAUGGAGGUUCCCAUAUCUGGGGCGAGAUCGAACACCCUGGCUGGGGUCCGCCUACUUCUCCGGACCUUGCGAAUGUGCAAUACGAUACAGUCAUACGCGAACUGCCGAAUUUGAUCGAGGCCAAGGCUAUCACCCUUGCACCGCCGGACCGGGCAUGCGAAGGCGAGGCUGAGGGAGAAGCAGGGAGGAUGGACCCGCCGCUAUUGGACCCGGAUGCCGUGGAGCUACUUCAGCGACAUGAGAGCAUGGGACUUCGCGAGUAUCUGACUAGUUUGACGGAGCUCGGCGUGGUAGCACCAUCAGAGGCCCUGAGUGAAUUCAUAAAGCUGUACGAGCGCGCUCGGUAUUCUACUCGGCCGCUAUCGCUUGACGAAUUCAGACGGUUAAUGCACGUUUUUGCGGAGGUGCUUAAAGACAUGAGACCGCUUGAUCCGAUGGUGUUGGACGAAAUUGCCAGAGAGUACGAGUAUGAUGGAGCUGAAGAUAAUGAUCCGGGAAUUGCUUAUAACGCCGGCACCGAAGGCGAUGGCAGUAAUGAUCGCCGUUUCUUCUCUCCCUACUCGCAGCAACCGCAACAACCCUCACCAAACUCCUUCUACGAAAGCGACAUCGACAACGAUGCGCCCAGGCGAAGUUACUCCUCUGGCGAUUUACGCAAAGAUAGCGAUGGCGGUAGCAUGUACCACGCUGGAAACGAACCAGAGCACUAUAUCGCUAGCCGCCAGCAUCGACGUCAGCAACAACAACGGGAACCACCCAGAACCCCCACGCCCAAAACUCCCAAAAGAAGAAGGAGAACAGCCAAAUACACCACAGCCGCCCACCCAUCAGACCCAGGCCCAAGCGACGCCAACCCCUUCCGCGGCCUCAAUCACCUGACCCGGCAACAUACUAACUCCUCCUACUUGUCUUCUUCCUCCUCCCUCAGGAGCACCCACACUCACAACCACCUCCGCCCCGAAACAGCGAAAACCGCAAGAACCCACCUCAGCAGUCGCAGUCAUCGUCAUCAUCAUCAUCAUCAUCAUCAUCCUUAUCAACGCUCUGCGAACCGCGAAUCCUCUGGCACUUGCUCGACUACGUAUUCCUGGCAGCAACAACUGAGACAGUUUCGUACGGCGCCGGCUUCCCCUAGGAGCGUGGCGCUGACGGGGCACACGGGGCUGUGCAGGGCGGAGACGAAUGGUACGGGGAUCAGUCCUGGGGAGGUUUCGCAAUUGUCGUUGGCAUCGUCCUCUGGAAAAGGGGCGAGUGUGAGGAGUGGGGAGAAUAGUGAUAGUAGUAGUGGGAGUGUGAUUAGGUUGGCGGGGAGGGGGGAUCAGACGGAUUUGCCUUAUGUUUUGAUGCCUACUCCUAGUAUGUGAGUUGGGCUUUGGUGCGGUGAGGAGUGAGAAGCGUGCUGAGAAACGGGAUUCGUGACGAAAGGAGCGAACCAAGUGUAGGAGAAGGAGCACAGAGGAGAAGAGGAGCAUAGAACAAGACGCUGGCAACAGCUUGAGAAGGACGCAUGGCCUUAUGGAUACAUGAGAGAGGAUUCCGUCGGGAGUUGUUAUACCCUAUUUUAUGGCUUAGUGUCUAAUUUUAAUCACCACUCCAGGCUGCCGUUGAUCCUGUUGUCAAAAUUGGUGAUGUUUGCGGUUGUCUACUUGAAUUUCCUUCGAGCACAUUUCCAUUUCAAAGUAACG